UUGAUCUCUCGCGCGCUUCAUCAUCCAGUGCGAAGUCUCUCUAUCUCCUUGACAGCUUGUAUCUCGAAUCCAGAGGCGAGCAGCGCUCGUCUCCAAUGAUAGCGCCCCAGCUCUAUUUUAUCAUGCCUGUUCCGUUGGCAUUUGCAGCUCCAGCUGCCCUUGCUUCACUUGCCUACCUCGAUGCCAGAACAGGUCUCUCCUACGAUUGGGCAUGGCUCGGUAACGGAAUAUAUUCCCAAUUUACGACUGCACUCAAAGAGAAGAGGGAUCGAUUGAAUGUCUUCUACAAACUCGAGGAGCAUGCGCUGGGUAAACAUGCAAAUACCAUUCUCCUCAUCUUCGAGGGCCGACAAUGGACAUACAAGGAGGUUUAUCAGACGGCUCUCAAGUACGGAACAUGGAUGAAGACAAGAUACAACAUCAAGCCGAAAGAUAUCAUUGCCAUGGACUUUGUCAAUUCCGAGAAAUUCAUCUUUAUCUGGCUGGGUCUGUGGGCGAUUGGUGCGAAGCCAGCGUUCAUCAACUACAAUCUGACUGGAAAGGCAUUGGCACAUUGCAUCAAAGUUUCGACUACUUCGGUUGUACUGGUGGAUCUUAAUAUCAAGGACAACAUCACUCAAGAAGUUCAAGAUGAACUUCCCAAUGUUCAAUUCGAGAUAUUCGAUCCAAAAUUAGAGGCCGAGGCUGUCUCGACCGAAGGUAUCCGGGAACCAGAUGAUGUUCGAACGGAUGACAAGUCGCAUAAUAUGGGAAUCCUAAUUUAUACAAGUGGUACCACAGGGCUUCCAAAAGGAGCAAUCGUCAGUUGGAAGAAGAUAUUGGUUGCAUCAGGGCUCGUCCCGACCUGGAUGGGCAUGACCAAACGGGACGUCUUCUACACGUGCAUGCCUCUAUAUCACUCCUCGGCCUCCGUUCUGGGCUUCUGUAAUGUGCUCAUUCUGGGAGCCACCUUCUCCUUAGGCAAGAAAUUCUCGACCAAGACAUUCUGGCAAGAAUGCCGAGACAGCAAAGCUACGGUAAUUCAGUACGUUGGGGAGACUUGCCGAUACCUGCUCGCCGCACCGCCUCAAAUCGAUCCUGCGACAGGAGAGAAUCUAGACCAGAAGAAUGAUGUCCGAGUUGCCUUUGGCAAUGGUCUACGACCCGAUAUCUGGAACCGCUUCAAAGAACGGUUCGGAAUUGAGGGCAUUGCGGAGUUCUACUCGGCAACAGAAGGAUCAUCUGCCACUUGGAACUUCAGUCGGAACGACUUCUCCAAGGGCGCCAUCGGACGGAACGGUUUUUUUGCGGGACUGCUGAUGAAUGCCGCAGUUGGGAUCGUCGAACUUGACUGGGCGACCGAGACGCCAUAUCGAGAUCCAAAGACGGGAUUUUGCAAGAAGGUUCCACGUGGAGAGACGGGCGAGCUGUUGUACAAACUGGAUGCUGAUCAGAUCGAGUUGAAGUUCCAGGGGUAUUUCAAUAACAAAGACUCGACGGAAGGGAAAAUCAUGAGGAAUGUCUUCGAGAAAGGCGACGCAUACUUCCGGACUGGGGAUAUGGUAUCUUGGGACAGUCAAGGGAGGACGUACUUCAGCGACCGUAUCGGCGACACGUUCCGAUGGAAGUCUGAGAAUGUCAGCACGAGUGAAGUCUCGGAAGCACUUGGGAAUCAUGCCGCAGUCCACGAAGCAAACGUUUACGGCGUGGAGCUGCCACACCAUGAUGGCAGAGCAGGCUGUGUAGCCAUCGUUCUAGCAGAAGAGCCUAGCGACAGGUUAUUACAUGACUUGGCCAAGCAUGCUCAUGCUAAACUUCCGCGAUUCGCAGUCCCACUAUUCCUGAGGCUCACCAAGAAUAUGGAGAUCACGGGGACACUCAAGCAACAGAAGCACGUCGUGAGAUCACAAGGCGUCAAUCCCGACAAGACGGGCCAGGAUGAGCUAUACUGGCUGAAGAAUGGAACCUACGUGGAGUUCCGGAGACAGGAUUGGGAGGAGCUGAAUGGUGGGAGGGUCAGAUUGUGAAGACUAUAUAUAGGGCCGGGCGGCGGCUUGGCGUUGAUUGGCGUUGACUUAUGCCCUAAACUACAUCCACUUUCUUUUCCUCUCUACCUCAGAGGAGUCCCC